UCUCACUUCCUGCAAGACACUACCAGAGACCUUUUCUUAUUAAACGCAUUCAACAGCACGGGAAAUAUGAAGUGUGUGUUGUCUCUCCUGCUCGCCGUGGCCAUGGCCUUGACUCUCCUCUCAGGGCCAGCCACAGCCAUGCCCGAGCCCUACCCACUGGCUGACCCUUCGCCGGCAGCCGGUCCCUACGCCACGGCUGACCCCCAUUAUCCCUAUGGGUAUGGUGGCUACGGGUAUGACCACUACGGGUAUGGCCAUCACAGCUACUACGGGGGGUACGGACACCGCCACUACUACUUCUAAGACUUCAAAGAAAAGGAACGGCUGGAACAGAUCCAUUGGUUAUGCGAGGCUGAGGUGGCUACAGUCCCUUCCCUGAGACUGUGUAACUUUAGAGCUUUUUGUAGCGGUUGUGUUGCUUUUGACAAUGAGAACAAUAAAUCUAUCAAUUAUCAACAAA